GGAAAGACAAACAGGCAGACAGACUUAAUGCGCUAAGAGUGAGAAAACAAAAGGUUGUGAGAUGUCACACAUAGUAUUGGUGGUCAUAGCCACAUUACUGCAGGUGAACUUCACUUCAGUUACAGUGGAAGGAUGAUUAUACAGUUCUGUAAGUUGCCGUCUGUUUCUCACAGAAACGCAAUGGGUGGGCGGUGGCACUUUGAGUGAGGUCGUUGUCAUGUUGCAUCAGUGGUGGACUCACUGGAAUAUAGUUGUCUGGCAGCAGAAGGAGAAAUCCUAGGCAGAAACCUGAACGAAGUGCACGAGAACUUACUUAUCCUUCUUUUAUCUGCCCAACCAAGAAAUAGCCAUCCUACUUUCUAUACUGAGACCAGAUGGAGCCCAUGUCAGUAUCUCCAAAUGGGAGCACGGAGACAGUGGAGGAUGGUCAUACAGCCUCCCUAGAGGGGGCGCUGAUACACAAGGGCCUGAGGCGCAAGAGAGAGUUCAUUCCAGAGGAGAAGAAGGACGUCACAUACUGGGAGAAGCGUCGCAAGAACAACGAGGCGGCCAAGCGCUCGAGGGAGAAGAGGAGGGUAAACGAUUAUGUGCUGGAGAGCCGCCUGGCGGCCAUGAACAAAGAGAACGCCCGGUUGAACACAGAACUGCUGGCCCUCAAACUCCACUUUGGCCUGGUGAGCCCUGCGGGCUAUGCUGCCCACCAGAGCAGCCUGCUGCGGCUCCACCAUGCCCAUACCCACAGCCCUCAUUCUCCGCCACCCAGCAGCCCAACCCAGUCCCUGGACAAGGACGUCUACUGGGGUAGGAGGCCCAGCUACAGAGACCCCUCUACUUUGCCAAAUUACCACCACCUACCCCCUGUCCUGACUGGACAACUGGCUCCUGCCAUGAUCAAUCCACAUGCUCUACCAACUAGAAGGGCCUAUCCAUACUUCUUAGAAAUUCCUGGUGUUGUCCACCCUGCAAACUCAUCCUCCCUUCUUCUGCCCCCGCUUCUCCCCUCUCCCCUAUUGUCCUGGACGGGGGUUCCCUUGCUGAGGCCCACCCCUAGGAGAGGGGGUUCAGAUGAGGAGGGAGAACAGCAGGUCCCAGCAGCCUCCUCCAGUGCUGCAUUACCGCACAAGCUGAGGCUGAAGACCAUCAGAGCUCCUACUGUCCACAGGGAUGUCAGAGACAGGGCCUCCCCCCCGCUCCCGCUCUAUGUAUCUGACUGACUGACCACAUAGAACAUGGCACAGCAGCACAGAGCAGACCAACCACAGCACUGAGAACAUGAAGGAUCCAUGCUCUUAGCGCUGUAACAUUGACACCAAAGUUACAGAAAUGCAUUAUGUCCAACUUAAAACAGACAUUUGUCUUUUGAUUCAUUUUCUGAAAGAUGUUGCUUCUCAGGUUUCGCCAUGCUUCCUUACUGUCCAAGUUAACUGGAUUAAAUACAAUGUAAUAUACUUUACUGGCAAUCAUGGUAAACUAGCUGGACUUUGGGAUGAAGCUCUGUUUCAUAGUACUGAGGGACUCUGGGGUGGUGGAUGAAAUUUAUCGUAGAACAUACAAGGUGCAAUUUCAAAACUUUGUUGCAGCAGUUUUCCUCUUGGUAUAUGUCACUCACUGACAGUCACUCAAUUAACCCAUGUCAGUUAAAUAUUUUUAGAUUGGUCAAUUAGUCUAGUUAGUCUAGCCAGCUAUCUAAACUUGUAGUAAUUAUGGCCGAAUUACCAAUCGAAAACGCAGGGCACGUGCCCAGCUGCCCUGACCUCCACAGAGCCCCCAUUGAUUUUGUUAGUCACUCUCACUCAGAUAUCACAUUAACCUGGCAAAAGUCAUGGCAAAAUGUGCAGAAUUGCACAAAAUGUCUCCCCACCCAAGGGCAAAAUGUGUAGAAUUGCAGGAAAUUGGCUGUAAAACUGAAGAGAAAAUGUUUUCUGUAAAGCAAACUUAAUUGUUUACCUUUGUUAAUAAAAUACUUUUCUGCUAACAGAUCCCUCAUGUAUUAAAUUAUAUUUUCUAAUCUCGGUACUGAGUUAGUGUGUAGCGGCUAAUUGUAUAGCUAAUAGCUAUGUGUUUUCAGAGAGACAGGUGGGUGAAGCUACAGAAACCAAUGUGAUAAAUGCUGGGGUUAUUUAUGCUUGUUUUUGCUUUUCUCAAGACUGCACUAAAACUCAGACCCUGACAACAACCCUGGUGAGGAGUAUGUUUUUGGGUUGUGGUUACAGACAUAUUAUUUUUGUCUGCUCUGCCUGCCAGCAUUUCAAAGGUACUUCAUAGAGCUACUUCAUAGAGGUGGAGAGAUGGGCCACCUGUGACAUGUUUUCUAAGGGAUAGGUCGAAAUUUACUGGUUGGU